AUGCAUUUCCACAUAUCCCUCAUCAUCGCAGUCCUCCCACUCAUCUCCGGUGCACCUACCAACACCCACAAGCGUCAACUCGACAGUCUUCCCGGCUUGGGUACAUCCAGCAGCCCACUCGCAUCCGCAUCCGGUUUAUCGGGUCUAGGUUCUCUUCUUGGAGAUAGCACCGGAACGGACACAACUUCCGGACUUGGCUCUUUGGAAAGUGGACUCUCGUCAUUGGGCUCUUUGGGUGGUGGAACGAGUACUUCAUCGGGACUUGCUUCUUUGGAAAGUGAGAUCACGUCAUUGAUGGGUGGAACUGGGACACUCACUGGGGCGAGCGCUUCUUCCGGCGCGGAUGGUUUGAGCUCUUUGUUGAGCGGAUUGGCACGGAGAAGAAAGUUUAGAUUUGGUGGAGUGAUUUCAUCACGGAUUUCGUGGUGA